GAAGAAAAUUCAAUCAGAUCGAAUAGAAGUUUGACGUCCACAAGGACACCCAUCAACUUUCUCUCUCUACCCCUCUCUCUCCUCUCUCUAGCAUACGGCGAAGAACUGGGUCUGCAAAUUUGGUUCAUGAGAGAGAAAAUCACUCCACCGGAACUUCAGACUCUGAAACCCUAGCAUACCAGCUCCCGCUUUCUGUACUCAAUACCAAUUUCCAAGCACACGCGGAGGGAACUGCUGAUAAUUGAAGCAGAAAUCAUUUCGGUUGUUUGGUUAUUUGUUGUAAUUCUGAUCGGUUCUGUUGAAAUCUUUCAUUCAAUCGAAGUUUAACUUGCAGAUUCAUGCGAAAGCCCUUCAAGGAUUACUCUAGCGAAGAUUGUCUGGUUGUAGAAUGUUCAAAACCAGGGCUUGUUCCAUCGUUUCAGCAUUUUUUGGUCUCCAGCUUGUAUUCAGUAAAAAUCCGCACCAUGUGCUGAGGCUUAAAACUUUCCCGUUUCUAUUGGUUCAUCAUAACGACCAUGAAGUUUGCAACCAGGAGUGUUGGGGACGAUUCCUCUCUGGAUUGAGCCCUCUUACGUGUCUUGCACGAGUUCUUGUGUAUUAGUCAAUUAAUGUUACUUUAGAUAGUUUGCCUUUACCCCCUUCUUCCGGAGUGUGUAUAGAUUUUUGAAGAAGAUGGUACCUUCAGGGCCAUCCACUCCCAUUGGUGGUGCGCAGUCUGUUUCACCAUCGCUUUUGAGAUCAAAUUCUGGAAUGAUGGGAGCACAAGGAGGGCUGCCUUCUCAGUCAGCUUUUCCUUCUCUUGUAUCCCCACGGACUCAGUUUAAUAGUAUGAAUAUGCUUGGCAAUAUGCCCAGUAUGUCUUCUCUUCUUAAUCAGUCGUUUGGGAAUGGAGUUCCGAAUUCUGGGCCCCCGGGUCUUGGAAACAGCCAACGAGGAGGUAUGGACCCUAGUUCUGAGUCGGAUCCCUUUUCACUUGUUGGCAAUGGUGUGAACUUCAAUAAUACCUCAGCAUCAUUGGUGGCAUCAAAUACAGCAAACCCUGGUUCAUCUAGUCAAGUUUCAGGGCCACAAUUUUCAAACCAUUCUAGCAGCCAAAUAAUACCCAAUCAACAGCAGCAGCCACAGCAAAUUGAGCCCCAGAACUUCCAACAUAGUCAGCAUUCAAUGCAACAGUUCACUACCUCUAAUAACGCACAGCAGUCACAGCAGCAGCAGCAACAACAACAACAACAUCAAUUCCAACCAAUUCGAGGAAACUUAUGUGGUGUUGGACCUGUCAAGUUAGAGCCUCAAAUGAGUACUAAUGAUCUUCAAGGGCAGCAACUACAGCAGCAGCAGCAGCAGCAGUUGCAGUCAAUGAGAAAUCUUGGCCCUGUGAAACUGGAACCACAACAGCUUCAAUCCAUGAGAAACUUGGGUCCUGUUAAAUUGGAACCUCAACAGUCUGAUCAGUCAUUGUUUCUACAGCAGCAACAGCAACAACAGCAACAGCAGUUACUUAGUAUGUCUAGGCAGUCCUCUCAGGCUGCUGCUGCACAGAUUAAUCUUUUGCACCAACAAAGACUCUUGCAAUUUCAACAGCAUCAACAACUCCUGAAGGCUAUGCCUCAGCAAAGACCGCAUUUACCACAACAAUUUCAACAACAAAAUGUGCCAUUGAGAUCCCCUGUAAAACCAGUUUAUGAACCUGGCAUGUGUGCUCGACGUUUAACAAGUUAUAUGUAUCAACAACAGCACAGGCCUGAAGACAACAAUAUUGAGUUCUGGAGGAAAUUUGUUGCAGAGUACUUUGCUCCUCAUGCCAAAAAGAAAUGGUGUGUUUCCAUGUAUGGAAAUGGUCGCCAAACAACUGGUGUAUUUCCACAGGACGUUUGGCAUUGUGAAAUAUGCAAUCGCAAGCCUGGUCGAGGUUUUGAAGCAACUUUUGAAGUUCUUCCAAGGCUGUUCAAAAUCAAGUAUGAAAGUGGGACGCUAGAAGAACUUCUCUAUGUUGAUAUGCCCCGUGAAUAUCAUAAUUCAUCUGGACAAAUUGUCCUAGAUUAUGCCAAAGCAAUACAAGAAAGUGUUUUUGAGCAACUUCGUGUUGUUCGUGAUGGCCAACUUCGAAUAGUUUUUUCUCCAGACUUAAAGAUAUGUUCUUGGGAAUUUUGUGCUCGUCGUCAUGAAGAGCUUAUUCCUCGGAGGUUACUAAUACCUCAGGUUAGUCAGCUGGGGGCAGCUGCUCAGAAGUAUCAGACUGCUAUUCAAAAUGCAUCAUCUAACUUGUCUACUCCAGAGUUACAAACAAAUUGCAAUAUGUUUGUGGGGUCAGCUCGACAAUUGGCCAAGGCAUUGGAAGUGCCAUUAGUAAAUGACUUGGGAUAUACGAAGAGAUACGUCCGGUGCCUUCAGAUAUCAGAAGUCGUCAAUAGUAUGAAGGAUUUGAUAGAUUACAGCCAAGAAACUUCGACUGGGCCAAUUGAGAGUUUGGCCAAGUUUCCGCGAAAGACGAACGCUUCGCCAGGCUUCCACAGCCAACCUCAAAAUACCGAGCAACAGUUACCUCAGCCUCAGCAAACAAUGGAUCAAAACACAAACGGUGACCAAAGCUCUGUUCAGGCUGCUUCUAUGCAGCUUGCUGCUAACAGUGGUGUUACUGGAGCAAAUAACUCUGUUAAUCAAGCAUCAACCUCAUCUCCUGCUAGUACCAUUGUUGGGUUACUCCACCAGAACUCCAUGAACUCCAGACAGCAGAACUCUAUGAACAGUGCAAGCAGCCCGUAUGCUGCAAAUUCUGCACAAAUAUCGUCCCCAGGUUCCUCCACCGUGAUUGCUCAGGCACAAGCGAACUCGUCCUUCCAGUCGCCUACACUGUCCUCAUCUGCCAAUCCCCCACAAUCAUCAAUUGGUACUGCAACAACUACCAAUCACAUGAGUGCCACUAAUUCUCCGGCAAAUGUUUCCUUGCAACAGCAGCCAACACACUCUUCUGAAGCUGAUCAAAACGACUCCCAGAGUUCCGUGCAAAAGAUCAUUCAGGAAUACAUGAUGUCGAACCAACUAAAUGGGAUGAACACAAUGACUGGCAUUUCCUCUCUAGGGGACGAUGUGAAAUCUGUUCACGGGAUGCUGCCAACGAACAACAUUAUGAGCCUCAAUGGACGGAACUGCCUCGUUGGGAGUGGAGCUGCUAAUAGUGUAUCUGGCAUCAGGAGUGCUGGAUAUGGCUCGAUGGGUGGGGGAUUUUCUCAGGCUUCCAUGGUCAAUGGCAUGAAGUCUGCAAUGGGAAAUAACUCGAUUUCGAACGGGAGAAUCGGGAUGGCGUCAUUGGCUCGAGAACAGAGCAUAAACCAUCAAGAUUUGGGGGACCAGCUUCUUAACGGACUUGGAGUUAACGGGUUUAAUAAUCUUCAAUUCGAUUAUUGAAGCUGCUUGUGACAGCCAGAGGAUUGUCAGAAUUGCCCUCUACCGAUGGAAAAUCACACGAACAAAACAACGAGGGUAUGGCUCACGUUCUGUACUAAUUUGUUAUUUAAAAUAUUAAUAGGAAAAAAUGUGGUGGCUAGCAGAGUUGUUGAUUGGGUGGGGUGAGUUUCUUUGAUUUCAAAUGUACAACUUGUGCUUUUUUUCUUUUUUCUUUUUUCUUUUUCUUUUUUUGAGUUUCCCUCUGCAUUUUAGAUUUACCCUUUUGUUAAUCUUUUACCUUGGCUUAAAGAGUAAUUUUGGAAUACGCAAAAUUUUACAGCGCCAAA